CAAACCGAACCGAACGUAAUUGCGAAAAGUUUUAUGUAGCUUUGCUGCCCGAGCCCGAUGAUGAGGCCUCAGGCUGCCACUAGACCAUCAACAUGCACAGAGUCAUCCUGAAGUUCCGUGCUCCACCUAGCUGGCGCAGCUCACGUUCCUUCCUUCGCUCCCAAAAGCCGUUCGUUCGUCAUAAUAACACUGACCUGCAUAAGCGCCUGGCCUCAUCUGACGCGCCCCAGCGUCCUCAGGAAAAGUCUUGGCUUUGGUAUCCGGGGACUCUUCUAGCGCUCACUGGUGUAGGGUACUAUGCAUAUGAGAAUCACCAGCCUUCCCGACAUGCUGUAUUGGCGACUUUACGGUGCUCACGACUUGCGCGGGCUGCAAUAUCCGGAGCAAUUGAUUACAAGCUUACUCUUGCGCGCACCUUUACUUCUGAGGAAGAGAGGCUUGAAGCGGUCUCACAAUGUCAUGUUCGGAGCGCUACGAAGGUGCUGAAUGCUCUGUUGGCUAAUGGAGGCAUCUACAUCAAAUUGGGACAACAUAUCGCGUCGCUAAUUGUACUACCAAAAGAAUGGACCAGUACCAUGGCCCCGCUUCAAGAUAGGUGCGACGCCACUCCAUACGAGGGUAUCGCAGCACUAUUUUUGUCAGAUAUGGGACAAACUAUAGGCGAGCUUUUCGACGAUUUCGACCCGAUUCCUAUUGGUGUUGCAAGUUUGGCUCAGGUUCAUGUGGGACAUCACAAAGCAUCGGGUAGAAAGGUUGCAGUGAAGGUUCAACAUCCUCAUCUGGUUGAAUUCUUCAACAUUGACAUCAAUAUGGUCCAGUCUACUUUGGGCUGGAUCAAAUACUGGUUCCCGGAAUUCGAAUUUACCUGGUUAGGUGAGGAAAUGGGGGAGAACCUCCCGAGAGAAAUGGAUUUUGUGCACGAAGCUCGCAAUACAGCUCGUGUGGUCGCUGAUUUUGAAAAUAUCAAGACGUCAUUACACAUACCCGAGGUCAUAUCUGCGAACAAACGAGUUCUCAUCAUGGAGUAUAUUCAGGGAGGCCGCGUAGAUGACCUUGCAUACCUUUCACAGCACAACAUUGACAGGAAUAAAGUCGCGCUGGAGCUUACGCGAAUCUUCAAUCGAAUGGUGUUUAUGAAUGGGUGGUUCCAUGAUCCUCACCCUGGUAACUUGUUGAUACGGCCUGCUUCUAAAUCAUCCAAGUCGCCCUAUAACUUUGAGAUCGCGCUUCUGGACCAUGGAUUGUACUUUGAUCUUGAACGAGAACUUCGUGUCAACUACAGCAGGUUUUGGUUAUCGCUCAUUGCUCGCUCGUCGCCGACUGUCGACGCUGACCGUCGGAAGUAUGCAGCAUUGGUCGGGGACAUCACGUCUGAUUUGUAUCCUGUUUUCGAGGCAGCAAUCACUGGCCGCCUGUCACCCGAUGGUAUAAUUGAAGCAGAUGACGGACCCAAGAGCGACACCCAGCGAGCCACAGGCAUGCUCGACAUGGCUUCUCAGAUUGAGGAAAUGGAACUAGCUCGCAAUAUUGUUGCCCCAGGGGACAUAUUGGUAUCCGUACUCGAUGUCCUGCGCAGAUUGCCUAGGCGCGUGCUGAUGGUCAUGAAACUCAACGACCUGGCGAGACACUUGGAUCAUUCACUGGCAACGACUCAUUCAAGCGUCAGGAUAUUUCUCAUCACGUCAAAGUACUGCAUGAAGGCAGUAUGGCAAGAUGAGAAGAACCGCUUCCGCGAGGGUGGACUUGGGCUUGGAUCCUUCUUGGGUAGCGCUUGGGCAUUCGCAACUGAGUAUUCCAAAAUCACAUUCAUUGAAUUGAUGAUGGAUUGGCAAGCUUCGCUGGUAAAGUCGAGCGCGUGGUUACGUGGGUUUUAUUCAAGAGGACUAGCGGGAGCGCACGAUGCGGCAGCUGGCCUUUACUAGUUAAAUUUAUGAUACAUAUGCAAUUAGAAGGUUGUUACUGUCGUGACAGAUAGAGUUUUAGACGUAAUGUUAUUUCUUGAUAUCAAAGAAAGACUAAUGCCUUUCUUUCCUGGCUUUUCG